CGUCGGAACCGGAAGUUGCGGUGAUGUCACGCUUGCUCUCACGUUCCCAGUGUAGGACGACAACAGCUACAGGAUACUAAAAAACUUUGACAAACUCUGACGAAAAGCCGCUUUAAAGUUCAUUAAAGUUUCCCACCGCGAUGCACGGAGGUAUUUAAAGCGGCCGGGGUGUGUGACAGAUGCGGGCCGGUUGUUGUUAGCGAAUGGAUUCCGGCUUUGGUGUCCAGCGGAGGGCCGGCGGCGGCUCUCCCGCUGUGGGAGCGUCGCAGCGCCGCAGGAAGAUUCCGCCCAGAGCCGCUGAUUUUAAACUGCAGGUGAUCAUCAUCGGUUCCCGUGGCGUGGGGAAGACCAGCCUGAUGGAGAGAUUUACAGAUGAUACAUUCUGCGAGGCGUGCAAGUCAACUGUGGGUGUGGAUUUUAAAAUCAAAACUGUAGAGCUGAGAGGAAAGAAGAUCAGGUUACAGAUCUGGGACACAGCGGGUCAGGAGAGGUUUAACAGCAUCACUUCAGCUUAUUACCGUGGUGCGAAAGGCAUUGUCCUCGUCUAUGACAUCACCAAGCAGGAAACCUUUGAUGACCUGCCCAAGUGGAUGAAAAUGAUUGACAAGUAUGCGUCUGAGGAUGCCGAGCUUCUGUUGGUUGGGAACAAGCUGGAUUGUGAGUCCGAUCGCAUCAUCUCACGACAGCAAGCGGAGCGGUUUGCUUCACGGAUAUCAGGAAUGCGUUUCUGUGAGGCCAGCGCCAAGGAUAACUUCAACGUUGAUGAGAUCUUUCUCAAACUAGUCGAUGAUAUUUUAAGUAAGAUGCCACUUGAGGUCCCCAGUAGAGAGCUGUCCAACAGCGUCCUGUCACUUCAGCCCGAGCCCGAUAUUCCACCAGAGCUGCCGCCUCCUCGCAUGCGCUGCUGUUGAGACUCCUGUGCUUUUGUAAAAUCCCAACAACUUCUUUACUUCAUAACCCAAUGUGUGCAAUUACUGCCUUCCACCAGCAGGAGGUGAUGUGCUCAUGUUGUGAUGCCCUCUCACCGGUGAGCUUUUGAGACUCCAGCCCAAAUGGAGCAUAAUAGAGACAGGUCUUUACAAAAGAAGAUAAAGAGAAAUGCUUUGGUUCUGUUCCUCUCAUUUGUGAAUAUAAUCUUCUCGAGCGAUGGACUGUUUCACUUAACACACAUUCUGUAUUUGGUACCACGAUACACUUCACGCGCGCACAUUUUUUUCUGAUGGUCCAUAUCUACACUACCUCAUUUCUGGAAAGCACAGGAUUGCGUUUGUCCGACAACGAUGUGCCUUCCUUUUCGGAUAGCGCUGCACGCGUGCCACAAACACGCAUGACGGGAGUCGUACGAUUGGAAACCCAUCAGAUCUUAUGUUUUAUGUGCGCCACUUCUGUUGUAUGAAGGAUACUCUGUCCCUUUCUUUUAAAGGAAACAUUUAGGACAUUAUUCCAAAAUGCCAAUGCAUCUUAUUAGGACAUAAUGGCUGAUUAAUAUCAAAUCAAUAAAUUGAUCAAAUCAAUAGCUCCUCGUAACUAAGAAGCAUCUUUCUGAAUUAAUUUGGGAUUAAGAGCAAAGCGCAUAUAAAUUAAUGCAUCCGUAAUGGUUUGUUUGCCCCAUUUUUAAUCACCAGCACUUGUAGUGUAAAGUAGCCACAUUCAAUCAGUGUUAUUGUGUUUUUCUUUCUUUUUUUUGAGUGGCCAGAAGUGAAUAUUUUAUUUUGCACUACAAUCCAUUUGUAGGUAGUUAACAAAUAGCUAACAUGCUGAAGGGUUAAUAAUGUUAUCUGGCAUCAGUUAUUGUGUCUUAGUGAUGCUCUUUAGAUGCUGUUUAACUUUAAUAGAAUAAAGGAGGAUUAUAAUUAAAUUUCAACCGGGAAAAGAAAUGCUCUCAUCAAAAGGGCUAUUCUUCACGGAGAGCAGGCUGACGAUUACGCAGGAUGGUUUGAUAGUUGGAUGGCUUUCAGCAUCACUAACUGAAGAAUAACUACAAUAUCCAACAUCAUGGCCUCACUAUAUUUAUGCUAUUGGUGCAAGAGAUAAAAGACUGAUAUAGUUCAUCAUUUUUAAGAGAGGGUUCGUGAGAAUGAUUUAGACAACUGAACGGGUGAUCUUACAGCGUAUGUGUAAAAGUAGUAAAUGUUUAAUACCUUUUUUAGUUCUGUUAUAGUACAUGAGGAUUGAUGAGUGUUGCUGUGGAGCUUCAUGGACACAAAAAGACAUUUUGUGAUUCUUUUUGAGUUAAUCGCACAUAAAAUGUGUUGAUCAUAUCAUAUUCACCCCAAAAUCAAAAGAAAACUGUGCUUUCUUUUUUCAGAUUGUGACAAUUACAGUUACCGUAAUGAAAAAUAUCUUUCUCAUUGUCAUACAGUCCCAGGUGAAAAGUAGUACACUAUCAUUAUGUACUAAAAGUGCUCAUUUUUUGCGCACUAAUUUUGUACUUUAUGUACAAAUUUGUAUUUAAAGGGAUAGUUCACCCAAAAAUGAAAUUUCUGUCAUUUACUCACCCUCAUGUUGUUACAAACCUGUAUAAAUCUCUUUGUUCUGAUGAACACACAGAAGAUAUUUUGAGAAAUGUUUGUAUCCAGACUGUUCGUGGACCCCAUUCACUUCCACAGUAGGAAAAAAGAAUACUAUGGAAGUAAAUGGGGUCCACGAACAGUUUGGUUCGUAAAUGAUGACAGAAUUUUAAUUUUUAGGUGAACUAUCCCUUUAAGCACUAAAAUGUGCUUUUAACAUACCAUCUCUGUAUUAAAAAAUGCAUUAUAAAUUAUAAAAAAAAUUAAAUACCACUUGUAGUAAACAUCAACCCAUCUUUCAUACAAAGAUACAUUUUAGCACAUUUUAAGUACACUUGGAUGUGCUUCAGAUUAUCUUAAGAAGUACUAAAGAAGAAUUUUGAGUAUAUUAAGUACAAAAUUAGUAAAUAGAGCACUUUAAAGGGAUAAAUCGGCCAAAAAUUAUAUUAAACCCAUGAUUUACUCGCCCUCAAGCCAUCUGUGAUAUAUAUUCAUAAUUUUUCAGACAAACAACUUUUUAGUUAUUUUAGAAGAUGUCCUAGAUCUUUCACUUUUUUUAAAUGUAGGAAUAAAAAUGUUUUUUUCAAUCUUAAAGAUUGUGCAUCCAUCCUUCACACAAGUAAUCCAACCAGCUCCAUGAGAAUAAACAAAGGCCUUCUGAGGGUAUUAAUGCGUAGAAAUAUCCAUAUUUAAAAUGUUACCGAAAGUUAGUUAUUUUCGUUUGUAACGUCGCCAUCUUACGCCAGUGUAUGCACUUUUGCGGAGGGUUCUUUGCUGUGAUGCUAUGCGUCUCGCCCUUCGUCGAAAAGUGCGUACACUACGCUGUACUUUCUCCUGAAUGCAGAGGCGUCUCUAAGAUGGUGGCGUUACCGGAAGCUAGUUAUUUUCGUUUAUAAAGUUUUACAUAUUGAUAUUCUACUAUAAAACCGCAUGGAUUACCCGGCCUUUGUUUAUCCCCCUGGAGCCGUUUGGAUUACUUUGUGAAGGAUGGAUGCACAAUCUUUGGGCUUGAAGGAGUUGGACCCCAUAUUCAUACAUUAAAAAAAAAUUAAAGAUUGUGUCCAUCUUAUAAAAUAACUGUGUUUGUCUGAAAAAUGGUGGACAUAUGCAUCUCAGACGGCUUAAUGGUUGAGUACAUUAUGGGUUUAAUAUCAUUCUUGGCUGAAAUAUUACUUUAAGUAUAAAAAAGUGUAUUUUUUUACCUGGGGUGAUGAAUAAACGAGGGAUUUUCUUUUUUAAUUAAAUUAAAAACAAUAAAUCUUUCUUGCAAAGAUGUAAAUGAUUCUCAAUUUAAAUGUAUCAUUGUUAUUGCACAUUAUGGUAAUGAGAAUUGGCUAAAAAUAGAGUCUUUAAGUUUGGUUUUUAAUAUGAUUUGGAAAGUUAAAGAAUAACUUGGUGAGGUUUGAUUUAAUACUUUAACAAAACGAAGGUUUAUGCGUGUGUGUUUUGUGACUGUUUAUGUUGUGUGCCUCAGAUAAGUGUGUUACACUAAACUUAAUACCCGUUCUGUAUUUGAAGGACUGAUAUCUCAGUAUUACUAACUUAACACUAUUUUUGACUGUAUUUCUGAUCUGUAUUAUUCAAAUAGCCCAGGUGUUCCUACAUUUAAUUUAUCCCCUUUCAGGUUUAGCUUAAGUACUUGAAAUGUCAUAACCAGCAUGUGGUUUAUUUGUGUUAACAGUGUUAGGGAACAUAUACUAACCUCAUGUUUGAAGGCUUGUGCUAUAUUAUAAAUUUGUGAGAUACUCUAUAUUGUACCGUCUCUGUUUGCGUUUUACUUUCUUAGCACGAUUGGCUGACUCUUAUUUUUGAUUGUUGUUGAAUUUAUCCCAUACCUGUCCUGGAGUCAGAUUUAGUUUGCCGAAGAAUGAAAAUUCAGUCAUCAUAUACUCAUCAUCACCCUUGUUACAAACCUGUAUACAUUUUUUUGUUCUGCUGAAAUCAAUAUUUGUAAUUAAGCAGGAAACAAGCACCAUUGACUUCCAUAGUAGGAAUAAAAACUACUAUGGAAGUCAAUGGUGCUCAAAAAUGAUAUCUUCCUUUGUGUUCAGAAGAACAAAGAAAUGAAUACAAGUUUGUAACAACGAGGGUGAGACAAUGGUGACUGAAUUUUCAUUUUUGGGUGAACUAACUCUUUAAGCCCUAACUAAGUAAUUUCAUGUUCUUCAGAAAGGCUGUUAGUUGUGCUGAAAAUAUUAAUUCAAUCCAACCUUCUCUUUAGUACAUGUUGCCUUGAUGAAACUUAUUUUGUACAGAGUAGCCUUAUUUAAUCUCUCUUACCUUGGCCAAAAGGAUAGCUUACCCAAAAAUAAAAUGAGUUUCUUUAUUCUGUUGAGCACAAAGAAGAUGGGAAAAACAAACACUAGCAUUAAAAUUUCAUUUUUGAGUGAACUAUCCCUUUAACAUUGCGAAAACAAAAGAUUAAAUGGAUCCUCUUGCACAGAAGAGUACUUUGUAUUAAUAAAAAGUUGAUAUUAGGUCUUUGAAACAGUUUCGGCAUGUUUAAGGAGUUUCAUGUAUUUUUAACUUGUGGCAUUCUUAAACUAAUGAAGUACAAAUAAAGAUCUAUAUUUAUUACA